GCCAUACCCACCUGCCGGCCCUCCCAGCCUCCUUGCCUGACUCGGAUGAUGUGAUGAUGUUCAGAGGGAUUCCUUAAUCCAAGUCGCUGCCCAGCCAGGCACACCUUCAAAAGAUUACAUCCGUAACUCAAGAUGGCCAGCCAGCCGCUGGAAGAGCCUGCAGAGUCUCAGGUCUCAGAUGAGCUUGAGUGUAAGAUCUGUUACAAUCGGUACAAUCUGAAGCAGAGGAAGCCCAAGGUUCUGGAGUGUUGUCACAGGGUCUGCGCCAAAUGCCUCUACAAGAUCAUAGACUUUGGGGAGUCUCCCCAGGGUGUCAUCGUCUGCCCGUUCUGCAGGUUUGAGACAUGCCUGCCGGACGAUGAAGUCAGUAGCCUGCCUGAUGACAACAACAUCCUUGUAAACUUGACUUGUGGAAGUAAAGGGAAGAAAUGCCUUCCGGAGAACCCCACCGAGCUGCUGCUCACCCCCAAGAGGCUGGCUUCCCUUGUCAGCCCUUCCCACACUUCCUCCAAUUGCUUGGUUAUCACUAUCAUGGAGGUGCAGAGAGAGAGCUCCCCGUCUCUCAGUUCCACCCCUGUGGUAGAAUUCUACAGGCCAGCGAGUUUCGACUCUGUCACCACAGUGUCCCAUAAUUGGACGGUGUGGAACUGCACCUCGCUGCUCUUUCAGACGUCCAUCCGGGUGUUGGUGUGGCUGCUAGGUUUGCUGUACUUCAGCUCCCUGCCCUUAGGGAUCUACUUACUGGUGUCUAAGAAAGUCACCCUGGGGGUGGUCUUCGUCAGCCUUGUCCCCUCUAGCCUUGUCAUCCUUAUGGUAUAUGGUUUCUGCCAAUGUGUUUGUCAUGAAUUUCUGGACUGUAUGGCACUUCCUUCUUAAUCAAUAUGCAACGUAGUCACAUAUGGCUACAUUCAAAUGAUGUACGUAUGAUUUGCUUUCUUUUGUAUUCUCUACGAUUAGUGUCUCCAGUCUCAACAAAGCCCUUGGCCAUACGUCUGUGGUCCAUUUUUUCGUACAGAUUUUGGCUUGAUGGGUUUUUCCUGGAUUCUGAAAAUUCAAAUUAAAAAAAAAAAAAAAGUUCACUUCUAUCUUGGGGCUAGUGAAGAGGCGAAGCUAUGCAUGCAUAGCUUUCCUGGAGCCCAGAUAGCUGUGAGAUAUCCUAGAACAGAGGCAUAGGCCCAGGGAGUGCUUUCAGACAGGUACCAGGCAAGGUGUGUUACAUGGUGGCAGGUUCUUUGGGCAAAGGUGGGGAUGGAUGGAGUCCUCCUUGAAGUUGGGUGUAUCCCAUGAUGGUGGGUAGAUGUCAGAGGCAGGCUGCUCUAAAACACAUGGGAGCACCCCUCAUUUUCCUGGCGCUGGAGCCCCUCAUCAUCUUCAGGUGCUUUCUCUCUUGAGGUAAUGUUUCUCUGAAACCCGCUGCCUCCUCUCAGAUUCCUUUAGCUUCUGUGCUGUCCUCCCUACCCCAGGGUCCCUCAACCUCAUCUUCUUGGGUGGUUUCUGCAGGAUACCUGUUUUGACAGGUUGCCAUAGGAGUUAGACAUCGCUGAGGAGUUUGCACGGAGUUAGACCUCAUGCCAGGACAUGGUCAUUUAUCUUCAACACAUGCCUUUUCCUCCACGUGUGUUUUUCUCCCAGGCUUCUCUGGGAAGAUCCAAGCAGUUUUUACAUGUGGAAAUAAAUAUUCUCUGGAAUAAUUCCUUAAAGCGUGAAAAUGCUUCAGCUUGAUGAAAAUGUUUUGUUUGAUUUCUAAGCACGGUCCUCAACUAACCUUGCCCCUUAUCCUGAACGAAGUUCCAUUUAAAUUAGUUGCUAUCGGUUUAUGAAGGUUCCGUCCUCUCCCCCUUGUUUUAGAAGUUUGCUUAAGGCUGACUUUGCUGACUCCUGCGUUGCUCUGGGGGAACCUGUGAUAGAGAAAGCCCAGCAACAGGCCACCAGCUGCCCUGGCGCCAGGUACUGGGAACCCAAGUGUUUGGCUGAGCGGUCCCAGAGUUCAAGAUUAUGUCCGAUGGAAGGAAAAGGGGAAGCCACGCCAAGCUGAUACCCUGCUUCAAGUGGAGUGGAGGUGGCUAAGAACAGCUUACUCAUGGCUGCUUGCUAUUCAGUCAGUUUGGGGAUAGAUUUGAGUCCUUUAUUUUCUGUAAAGGCAUAUGCUUCGUGGCUUGGGGUGGACUCCUUUUCAUGAAGUGGGGGUGGGGCGGGGUGAUGUUGAAUGUAUAUAGUUAUGGGAAUAAGUUGCCUAGCAGGUUUUAGGUGGGGGAAUAGAAUGUUCACUAGGCAAAAGGAGGAAAGAGUGCUUCUUAGUCUCUGAGACCUAUUAUUGAUGACUUAAUACAAUACCCAUUAUGCUUAGCAAAGGGCUUUACCAAGAUUUUGUUCACUUGUUUGUGGUGAAAUAUUUGUUGUGUGAUGUAGUUGCAGGGGGGCCAGUCCUAACCUCCCCAGUGGGGGAAAAUGGGUACUUACCUAGAAUAGGAGUUUUGUUUUAGUUGUAUAACUACUGACUUUGAGAACGUGUAUGCCCAAGGUACAUGUAAUGAGAAAGUAUACGUGGGGUGUGGUCCAAUGAAAUUUCAACCCCAACUUAGAGCUAAAUACAUUUAUGAUUCCAGAAACCCUAGUUUUAGGUAGUGUUGUGAAUGCGGUUUCCAGAAUUCCAUUUGCACUUUGAGUAAAUACAAUAUUUAAGAGGUUUUGUGGUUUGGGUUUAUAUAUUUAUAAGGUUUCCUUUUUAGAGAUGCUCACUUUGUCUGAACUGUAACACUGAGUGACCACAGGAAGAUAUUUCCAGAAGGCUCCGGACCAACUCUGUGUUCUGCUACUCUGUGUGGUGUCUGCAGCGCUUGAAGUUGUUUCUGUAGGCACUGUGGCAAUGUUUUCCUUAAUGCCAGUGUGUUGAUUUGGUUCUUAAAGAGUUUUAAAUGUAUGACAACAACAAUAACAACAACAUAAAACAACAUAACUCUCCACGCUGUUGAAUGGAAAGGGUGAUCCUUAAAUGUUGUAAUCUCUAUGCUAAUGUUUUCUUGUCUAUUAAAUUUUAUUAUU